CCACAGUGCUGACAUCAGGAAAUGCAGAAGUCUUCUCGAAAGUUCCUUUGAUUGAACUGCAAUGCCUGAGCAACGUCAUGCAAACAACAGACAGCUCGAGCAACAUCACUGCAACUGCGACUUUUAAUACCCAUGAUAUAACGCUCGUUGCUAAGAAUCAUGAGAAUGCUACGGUGACUUUGUUUUUGAGCGGCGAACUGGAGGUAUGCGUGAACUUCACCUUCACUUACGACCCCAACGACCCGACCAUCAGACCACUGGACGACUUCACGCUCUGCCCACACGACGGAGGCUCAGACAGGGAGGCUCCUUCUCAGAACCCGCUGCCGAUGAACCUCACGCUCGAGGUCGCAAGUCGUCGGGUUGGGAAGACGGUCCUUGGGGUGAAGGCUGACCCGGCGGUGGUCGAUGUAACAGACGCGUUCGUAAGAGUGUCUGUGAUCCAUGACCCUGUCUUAAACGUGAUUAGCGACGUGUUCGGCUGGACUUACUCAAUCAUCUGGGAUAUUUCUUUCUUGCCUCAAGUGUGGCUGAACUGGAACAGAAAAAGCGUGGUGGGUUUCAGCUUGGACAAUGUGACUCUCAACAUUCUUGCCUACCUGUGUUACUCGCUCUUCAAUGUUGCAUUCUUCGCCGUGCCUUAUAUUCAGAACCAAUUCCACGCCAGGUACCCGAGGCAAGUGAACCACGUACGACCCAACGAUGUUUUCUUUGCCACCUACGCCCUCUUCAUCGAAAUUGUCUUGGGUAUUCAGUGCUUGAUUUACUACAGAGAACCCGGCCAGGUGGUCUCGAAAACAUGUUGGGUCCUUGUAGCUGGGUCUCUUCUCUCCAUAACGGCCGCCUGUGUUCUCGCCGCAGAAAACGUCAUAUGGUGGUUGGAUGUUUUCUACCUGAUGUCUUAUCUGAAACUGGGCAUCACGCCGCUGAAGUACAUUCCUCAGCUGUAUGUGAAUUACCGGCACAGGAGCACUGCUGGUUUCAGCAUGGUUGGGCUGCUGAUGGAUUUCACGGGCGGCGUCUUGUCCCUGGCUCAGAUGUUUAUGCUGUCAGCUAACAAUGAUGACUGGAUCUCCGUCUUCAACAACUUCAGCAAGUUUGGUCUCGGAGUUAUAACAAUCCUCUUCGAUUUGAUGUUCUUCUUGCAACAUUAUUUCUUCCAUCUGCGUAAACCUUCUCUACUUCUUUGAAAAUUUUAUGCAAUCAUAGUUGUUUCAGUUGUUAUAGUUUGCUUCUUGUUUCUUCCACGCAUGUUGUUACAUCCACGAUAACUGUCAACUCGUGUAAUAAAUCUACCCAACAUUUUACAUUAUUUAUUCUACUCAAAGAUGGAUAGAUAUGCUUGUCGGUGCUUGAUCAUACUUUUUGAGCUUGUGUGUGUGUGUGUGUGUGUGUGUGUGUGUGUGUGUGUAUGUGCGUGCGUGCGUGCGUGCGUGUGUGUGUGCGUGCGUGCGUGCGUG